AUGUCGCGAAGGCUGGCAGGGAUGGCGGAGGAGACCAUCGAUACCGGGAGUAAAAGUGAUCGCAAGUUAAUGCAAGAUGCCGGCUUUUCAGACGAAUUGAAGAAACAGCUGGAAGAGCGGAUUGCGCAGACUGGAUUUGCUGCAGAAAACCAGAGAGCGGCAAGCGUGGUGAACCUUCCGGCUUCUGCCGGGAGAGGCACGCAGGAUAUAGCAGGCGCAGAACCCUGGAAAGGCUCUGAAUCCCUCCAUGACUCUGCCCUACGGAUGCUCGACGACAGCCACAAGAGACUGCGGUCACCAUACCGUAUCCCGACAGUACCGCAGAAAGUCAACCUACGACCUGCCCCGAAGAAGAAACUUUCCCCCGGAGACCGCCUUGCCAAUGCCCGAGACAAAACAUCCAUCUAUGCGAUCACCCAACAGAACGAGCUGUCGGAGCAAGAGCGGGAGAAGUGGCGGAAAGAACUCAAGGACCGGUUCUCGCCUGGCGCCCGACCUAUGCCUACGACCUUGCAGGGGUUGUCGAGUCUAGCGAACGAGCGGAUAGAGGACGCCAUUGCAAGAGGACAAUUCAAGAACAUCCCUAGAGGGAAAGGCAAGAAUAUCGAGCGAGAUUACACCGCCAACAGCCCGUUUCUGGACACGACAGAGUAUUUUAUGAACAAGAUCAUUCAGAAGCAGGAGAUCGUGCCUCCGUGGAUUGAAAAGCAGCAGGAGCUGGUCAAGGCGGUGGCCAGCUUUCGUGGGAGACUACGCAACGACUGGCGCCGGCACGCCGCUAGAAUGAUCGCAAGUACAGGUGGCAGCGUGGACGAUCAGGUGCGCCGCGCGAAAGGGUACGCCCUUGCCGAAGAAAGAGUCAACCCACGGGUACGUAAAGUGGAGAGUCUGAGCUCCAUUUCCACCGACGGUCGCUUGACAAGCAUUACUGUUGAGGAACGUAUUGCGGCUGGCGUGCCUGCUGAGCCGCCUGAGACGAUGGAGAUCAAUGUGACGGAAACGACCGAACCUCAAGAACUCGCAGAAAGCACAAACCCAGCAGCAGGUGGUGCUGACAAUGCCGUUGGCGAAGGCAGUGUUGAUGGUGCUCCUGCUGCUGCUAUGGCACAGUCUCCAGCAUCAGUGACAGAGACCUCCGCAUCCACAUCCACAUCCACAUCCACAUCCGAAACUCCAUCAUCAUCACCUAGUCCAGGAACUGCACCCCAGCAGCCUCGACCACGGUCGGAUGUUUUACCAAUGCCUAACCCCUUCCGCGACCCAUCAUGGGAAAAAGCCGAAUUAGCAUACCAGACACUCGCGGUCCAAGAACUCAACUCGCUGACCCGCUCCUACAAUCUGAUGGCGCCUAAGAUCGCCCAAAAACCAUACUACAACCUCCAGCGCGAGCUGACGCGGUGUUUCGCCGACGUCGCGCCCACGCUGGCCGACGCGAUUCUCGAGAGGAGCCGCAAGCCCACCGUUAAAAUCGCGGUCACAACUCAUCGAGAAGGCGGCGUCUUGGAACGCUUCGGCGAAGGAAUCGGGGCUCAGAAAUUUCGAGGCCAUGAAGGACGCAUCAGGGAUGAGGUGAAAGGCAAAGGGUAUGGCUUUCGCGAGUUCUGGCGAGAUCUAUUUGGGAGUUCCAAUACGAACCCCAAACAACAGCGGAAUAGGGGUGUAACUUGA